GUUUCGGCAGGCGAAUGAGGAAGUCGCUUAGCGCGCGGAUGUGGUCACUCAGCUCCAGGCUUUCUUUCGACUUUACUAAUUCACCCCGAGCUCCAACCUCGGAAGAUUGCUACAAGCGACCGACGACGACCUCGCGAAAAUAUGGCAUCCGCCUUGCACAAGGACUACCCGCCAGAGCUGUCUGCGGAAGAAGAGCAUUAUCUGCUAUCGAACCUCAAAGACUGGUCCAUCGCUCACGGCCUCGCCGUCCGGCCGGCUCCGUCAUUCGUCCAACCUUCUCAGGAUCCAUCAGGAGUGCUUGCGACUACAGCCCCCGUUACACUCUUCCCCAGUUUGUUUCCGCGCGUCUGCUUCGAGGAGGGGUUGGCGAUACAGACCGCGUACAAUGAACUGUACUCUGCAAUAGCACGGGACGAAGAAUGGUUAAAGGGCAUCGUGGAAGAACUAAUACACAUUGAUGACUUCGUCGGAAAGCUUUGGGAGACCCACCUUGCGGUCAAGAAAGAAGGAUAUGUUCAGAACCUAUCGCUCGGCCUCUUCCGUUCAGACUACAUGGUCCACACUAACUCGUCGAGCCCUGCUUCUCGUCCUGGACUAAAGCAAGUCGAGUUCAACACAAUCGCUUCCUCUUUCGGAGGCCUUUCCACGCAGGUCUCCGCCCUCCAUAGAUAUCUUCUUACAAUCGAUGCCUACCCCUCCUCGACAGCCUCCAUCAUCAAACGGGACACUCUCCAUCAAAGUAAUUCAGCCUCUUCCUUGGCCAAGGGACUAGCCGCCGCACACAACGCCUAUGAAUCUUCGCGGAGCGGUCGGCCCCUCUGUGUACUACUUGUGGUCCAAGACCCGGAAAGAAAUGUGUUCGACCAGAGGCACCUAGAAUACGCGCUGCUUGAAGAGAGUGGCGUACGUUCGUUCCGCCUGCCAUUCCAGCAGACCCUCUCCCAUACUCGGCUGGAGUCCGACCGAACUCUUGUGUACACCCCGCCUAACUCGCGUACGGACUCCUACGAAGUUACCACGAUCUACUUUCGCGCGGGAUACUCACCGGACGACUAUCUAAAUGAGCAGGACUGGAGCGCAAGGCUCUACCUAGAGAAGAGCAGAGCCAUCAAGUGCCCGAGCGUCCUAACGCAACUCGCGGGAUGCAAGAAAGUUCAACAGGUCCUUGCAACGCCUCACUCUCCGCACCUCAAGCAUUUCUUGUCCGACGACCAGGUAGCCUCACGAGUCCUCGCGACUUUCGCACCCAUCUACCCGCUCGACAAGAGUGAAGCUGGCCACGAAGCGCGAAACCUUGCCAAAGACCCUGCAUCCGCCGCCCGCUACGUCCUGAAGCCACAGCGCGAGGGAGGAGGCAAUAACAUCUACCGUAAAAAUAUCCCUCCGUUCCUCGAGAAGCUUCCUGAGACGCAUUGGCCGGCAUAUAUUCUGAUGGAGAUGAUCGAGCCCCCACCUCUUCGAAACGUCAUUCUAAGGAACGGAGAUGUCCAGCGCGGAGGCGUGAUCGGAGAACUUGGAGUAUAUGGCGUGUGUCUUUGGAGAAAUGGUGAUGGAGGGGAUAGUGGUGAGGUGUUGCAGAAUUGGGAAGCUGGCUACCUACUCCGCACAAAAGGCGACCAGAGCGAGGAAGGGGGCGUCGCGGCAGGAUUCGGAGCUGUGGAUAGCUGUUGCGUAGUGGAUGGCUAGACUACUGCUCCUGACUAUCGGUAUGCAGCUGCCGCUACAGUAGUCAGCCACGAGAGCAAAUGAGCAACCAUGGCACAUGAAUGUUUGUGUCCUGCGACUAACAGUGUAGUACGCUGGCAGGGCUAACGAGACAUUGGUCUGAGAAUCCACUUCAUCCCUUUUCUCUCCUGCCCGAACAGCUACAUUCAGCGGUACCGAUGGAGCUACUGUAGCAAUAUAUUCGGCAAGACGGUAAGA